AUGCCCGCAGAUGUAAAAAGCGGCCGCCAGCGCCUCGACGCAAUUCAGCCUCCACGGCUUGCCGUAGUUGACCGUAUUGGCGGCAACGAGGUAGGGCAGCAGCCUCUCGCACUUGCCGCCCACCUUGUUCCACUGGACCUCCUUUGUGCGAGCCCAGGAGCACUCGACGACCGCCGCGCCGUACUGGUCGAGGAGCUCCCUGUCGGCGGGCGAGACGACGUGCUUGCCGUUCGGGGUUAUGAUGACGCCGUUGUGGCGCUGGCCGAGGUGCAGGUCGCGCAUCAUGCCCAGCCUCAUGAGCUUCUUCCCGGAGCACCGCUUGGGGUCGCAGUGGCCGAGAUCCCAGCAGGCGGCCUUGAACGCCGGGCGGGAGGAGGGAGCUUCGUCGUCCUGGUGGCGGGGUUGGCGCGAGGGGCCGGCGCCGUGGAAUUUGCCCUUGCCCUUGCCAUGGAAGUCUUUCUUGUGCCGAACCAUGGCGAAGUAUAUUUUUUGGGAGCUUGGAACCUUAUAUGCGACCUGGAGCUGUAG